AAUUGUCGCUAGUAGCAAUAUCGUUUCCCCUCGGCGCGACGGACACCGGUCCGGCGUUAGAAUGACCGGUCAUUCACGCUAGUUCAUCGGUGUGUGUUGACGCCGCUCGACGUAUUUCCGGAUUUCUUUAAAUUGAGUACCGUCUAUGAAUGUGUUCUUAAUAAUGGAUGAUAUUAACAUGGACUCAUUAAUAAGUUUGGUUGAAAAUAGGCCAGUACUGUGGGACAAAACCCAAGAGUGCUAUAAAAAUAGGCAGUCGAGUUUUGCCGCUUGGAGGGAAAUUUGUUUUGCGUUAAAUGAACGUUUUGAAACGUUGCCCGAGAAAGAAAAGAAUGAUUUUGGUAAGGAUAUUAUUAAAAAAUGGAACAAUGCAAGAGAUAACUGGAUGAAAUAUCAUAAAAAAGUUAUGGAAUGUAAAUCCGGCUCUGGUGCGAAAAGUGUACGAAAAUAUAAAUUCUAUGAUCAAAUGAUCUUUUUGAAUAAAAUUAUUAUGCGCCGCGCAUGCGAAUCAAGUAUUACAUCGGAUCAAAACCUCGCACAAGUCCAGAAGGAAGAAACUGACUCGGAGACAAAUAAUGAAUCUAGUGCACCGGCCAAUUACAAUAGUACUACUAGAACAAGCACCAAAAGAAAGGCAUCGGAAAGCGAAAUUGAUCAAUUAACUUCAGUUAAAUCUGUCGUAGAUAAGAGUAAAAGUAUGUGGUUUUUUAAAGGAAUUGCUCCGAUUGUAGACAAGUACAGUGACGACGAUUAUGUAGAAUUUCAAUAUAAAGUAAUUAAAGUUAUUAGAUAUUUAUCUCGGCGAAAUCAAUCGUCCAUGCAGCAGCAAUAUAUCAAUAAAAAUAUAAAUCGAGACUAUACACCAACACCCGACUACAGAAUACAUGAAUAUGAGAAGACACAACCCAUUCCACCCUCUAUAUCCAGGAUGCCGCAAGAACCGACGCAGCAAGAUGAUUCCAAAUCUUCAAUAAUAAUUAUUCCUGAAUUAAGUUCCAUCACAUCGCCUGAUUACGAUUUUGAUUUUUCUAAAAGUCCGUAAUUUUUUAGAGUACCAAGUAGCUUUAUGUACAUACGCUAAGACCAAAAUAGAUUAUUUACCUUAUAUGUACUAAAUUUCGUU